AUGUCUCAAAUUAAAGUUUCAGGUUUAGACAUCAUGAAAGGAACUCUCAAUGCUAUUAAUGUGACCGCUAAUAUUAUAACACCUUUUGGUUCUUUGAUAUCAGGAAUAACUGUCCUUAUUUCUGAAAUUAUCCAAGUUUAUGAUGCAGCCCAAUGUAAUAAAAGAAUUUGUAAUGCAUUGUUAGAUCGUGUGCAAAGUGCCGAGUUUGUAUUGAAUUUACUAAAAAGAAAGAAACAAGAAAAUGAAGCUAAUUUUCGUAAAGAAAAAUAUUAUCAUUCUUUUCUUAGAUUUGAACUAGUGUCGCAACAAAUUAAAGAAUUUGCCAAAGAAGUUACACAACUUCAAGGAUUUGAAAAAAAUUUUAAGGCAAACACAGUUUCAAAAACAUUUACACAGUUAACCAAUGAUUUUGAUAAAGUAAUGAAAGAUUUAAAUUUCGCGAUAGCUAUAUCAAGUGAUGAGCAAAAAAAAAUUGAUCAGGAAAGUCUGAAGGAGGAUCUUGAUGAAAUGAAGGAGUUCCUUUUGCAAUUUAAAGGACAUUUUGACAACAAAUUUGGCACAGUAUUUGAACAAGUGUCAAUUAUGAAUAAACUAAUAUUAACUAAAGCUAAUAACAGUACUUCAAUAAUCAAUAAAAUUCAAGUACAAAAAAUUGCACCAAACGAAUUAAAAGAUCCUUUUCUGGGACAAAAGAAAGAUUUACAAGGUGUAACCAAAAAAAAAUUAUUUAAAGAUUACUUAGAUGUUGCCUGUAAACCUGUUACUCUUCCAAAAGAAG